CAAAAAGAAAAAUUAAUGGAACAACGUAUUACUUGUAGAAAUAAACUGCAAAGUGAAUCUCAUCAAACUUCAAAUGCGUUUGCAUCAAAUGAAAUAAAGACACAAAUAGCUCAGCUAGAUGCAGAGAUAAACGAACUGAAAAACGAUAUUGAAGAAUUACAAAAUUCUACAAAGUUAAAUUCAUCUGAAAACAUGCAAAGCACAAGUGCAGUUGAUGAAGGUAAUUUGAGGGAGGAAGAGGUUGCAAGGAAAAAAGAAAUUGAAAGGCUAAGAAGAGAACAGGAGAAAAUGAAGAAAAUGAAGGAGCAGAGGGAAUGCAUUAUUACAGAGUUAUUGCAAACUGAACGUGAUUACAUUUCUGAUUUAAAACUUUUGCAAGACACAUUUUUACGUAAUCCUGAGGAAGCAAAAGAGAAAGGAAUUGACAUUGUAAUUCUUUUUGGAAAUUUGGAUGAAGUUGUUGAAGUUGCCAGUCGUUUGUUGAGAAGACUGCAGAAGGUAUCCAAGGAGACUGGAUUAAUUGGGGAAUGCUUUGUGGAUGUUGGCGAAGAAAUGAAAGAAGCUUAUGGACACUAUUGCAGAAACCACGAUGAAGCCCACUCUGUCAUUGACAAAAUCGAUGUCCAUUCUUCUGCUGGACAAUAUAUUAAUCAAAAGUUGGAAAUUUUGAAAAUGCAAACAAAUUGCUUUGAUCUCCCAGCAAUGUUAAUUAAACCAGUUCAGCGAAUUUUGAAAUAUCCUCUGCUUUUAAAUGAACUGUUGAAGUGCACUGAAGACGGACACCCUGAUAAACCAGCCCUCCUUCAGGCUGUGAAUCUAAUGACUGAUGUUGCAACUGCUGUUAAUGAAUUUAAGAGAAAAAAAGAUUUAGUUUUCAAGUAUCGCAAGCAGGCCGACACAAGUCUUUCUGGACGAAUAUCGAAACUGAACAUGCAUUCUGUGGCUAAGAAAUCAUCACGACUUGGCAUGAGACUGUCGAGCUCUUUUGGGCUUAAGACACUUGUCAAAGAUCAAGAGUUUGAAAAAGUUGCCAAGCGCUUUCAUUCUUUAGACAAAACUUUAAAAAUAUUUCAAAAAGAAGUGUGUGAAUAUUCUAAAAAAUAUGAGGAAUUAGUAGCCUGUGGUUUCAAUAUAGCUGAAGACAUUGCAGAUAUUUACCAGGAGAGGAAAUCUCAGCAGGAAGUCGAUCAGUUUAGAUCAGUUCAUCGAGUAAUCUUGACUCAGUUUUGGGAAUCUUUUAAACAAAAUAUUGAAAGAAAUGUGAAUUCACCUAUCAAAAUGCUGCUUCAAGCUUUUCGUGGCCCUAUAAAUUUGAUCCACAAGAGGCAUGAUAAACUUUUGGACUCCCUAUCAGCUACCAGCAAAAUGGAGAAAAACAGAGAUGUUACAAAGAUAAAAAUGCUUCAAGAAAGUUGUACCAUGGCAAAAAAUAACUAUGAGGCUCUAAACUCGCAACUCUUAGAUGAUCUCCCGAGACUGUGUGAUCUUUCUGUGGAAAUACUCUACGACUGUAUACGUUGUUUUUUAAGAGCAAAAAAGAACUUCAUUGGAAGAGCUUCUAUGCAGCUUUUUGGAUUGAUGGAUCUGCCUUUGCUUUUAGGAAACAGAAAUACGAGCAUUUUGGAGACCUUUCAAGUGAAGCAUACUCUUGUAACUGAUGAUCUGUGCCAAAUUUCCCUUGCUCAGAAACCCCUUCAAACGUGCAUCAAAACAGACACUCUGAAGAGGAAUUCUUCGCCAAGAGGCAGCAGGUUGAGCUUCGGGGGAGUGAAUCCUAUCCUAAAGUCACAGACCUCUAGUCAAAAAGCGGCCGUCAAAUCUGCAUUCCCUCAUACAGCCCUUUACACUGCAUGCGAAAAUUUUGAAGCUGCUGACAUUAUGGACAUCUCUUUGAAGAAGGGAAAUCUCGUCGGGGUGAUCAAACAGCAGGAUCCAAUGGGGAAUAGAUUACGAUGGUUUGUCGAUGACGGAGAUUCAAAAGGAUUUGUUCCCGCCAAGUGCUUGAUAAAACAUAUUCCGGAUCCCUCUAGCCCGACCGACGAUUCAAAAUUCUGCUCAAAUAUAAACUCAACCUCGGCAGCCGCUAGCGGCUCGAAAGACGUCCAAAAACUAUAUUCACUGCCGCAGAAAAAAAAUCCGGAAGCGAAGACCCAACCCAAACAGACAAACGUAGUCCAACCCAUUCGACCAGCGCCCACGAUAGCUUCUUCCCUGAGAGUGGUUGCCCCCUCCCGCUAUCCUCCCACUACCCAAAAUGCCGCCUCAAACCCUCAGCAGAACGCUAGUGCAGUGUCAGCAAAGAACUUCAGUUUGUCCAAGAACGACAAUAACGAACCCAUGCAUAGGUACGAGGAAAUAAACGAAAGCGCAGAUCCUCGGGAGCAGAGUGCGAGGACUUGUGAUACUGAUAAGAAUUCGUCGAGAGACCCGAACAUUCUCGAUGAGUUCGACCCGUAUUCUACCGGUAAGUUGCCAGAGGUUUAUGACAAUGUGCCGGACAAUUUGAACUGCUUGUACGGUUCUCAUCGGUAUGAAGAUGUGCCGGACAUAACGUAUGAUGAAGUUCCACAGGAAGAUGCGGGUGUGGGUUCUGGUGAGUACUACUAUGCUAUGUACGAUUUUUCUCCCACUGGGCCUAAUCAACAACCUCUCUAUAAAGGACAAGUAGUUUUAGUGCUUCACAAAUGUGACCUGAACAGUAACUCGGAAUGGUGGUUUAUUGAGGAUCGUCAUGGUAACAAAGGAUAUGUUCCUGGUGCAUACUUGAACAAAUAUUUGAAAGAUGUUUGA